AUGUUGUACGGCAACUGUAACUGCAAACUAAAGCAGUUUGUUUCGGGCAAGUCUGCUGCAUGGCUAGUAGCUCCGUUAGAUAUUUGGAUACUAUUGGCUUUUUCUCUUCCAGAGGGCAAAUCUACAUGUAUCAGAUUUCUUAGAUGCAGGAUUAGAAUUGUAGCUGAAUUCUUCCUCCUAGCUGCACUUCUCAUUUCUUGGGCAGUGAUGGGAUUUAAAACCCAGCAGUCAUGUCCACUCUCCAACGCUGCCUCAUGUCCAGUGAGCCGUUCCACCUCCUCAUGUGUGGGUGGCUGGAUCGGGUACAGAGGGAAAUGCUACUAUUUCUCAGAGGCUGAAGGGAACUGGACCUACAGCCAGAAUAAUUGCUCUUCCCUCGGUGCCUCCCUGGCUGUGAUUGACACCCAGCAGGACCUGGAUUUCAUACUGCGAUAUAAAGGCACCGCAGAUCCGUGGAUUGGUCUCCAGAGGGGCUCUGAUCAUCACUGGAAAUGGGGAAAUGGCACCAAAUUCAACAACCUGUUUGAAGUCAGAGGAGAUGCAAACUGCGCAUUUCUGACGGAGACUGCAGUCAGCUCUUCAAGGUGCUACACCGUGAGAAGCUGGAUCUGCAACAAACCGUAUGCGUAA